CGGAGGGGGCGGGGCGCGUUGCGUAGGGGUGGGCCCUGCUCCUCCCGGUCCGGCGCCUAGGCCUACGGUCUGAGCUCCUCCCCGGCCGGGUGUCUCUCUCCCCUCCCUUUGGCGGUUCCUCCCUCCUCCGGCAGCCAGGCAGCAUGGCGGCGGUGGAGACGCGGGUGUGCGAGACGGACGGCUGCAGCAGCGAGGCCAAGCUCCAGUGCCCCACCUGCAUCAAGCUGGGCAUCCAGGGCUCGUACUUCUGCUCGCAGGAAUGCUUUAAAGGAAGCUGGGCCACUCACAAGUUACUACAUAAGAAAGCAAAAGAUGAAAAGGCAAAGCGAGAAGUAUGUUCCUGGACUGUAGAAGGUGACAUUAACACUGAUCCAUGGGCAGGCUAUCGAUACACUGGUAAACUCAGACCACACUAUCCACUGAUGCCAACACGGCCAGUGCCCAGUUAUAUCCAGAGGCCGGACUAUGCUGAUCAUCCCUUAGGAAUGUCUGAGUCUGAACAGGCUCUUAAAGGCACUUCUCAGAUUAAACUACUCUCCUCUGAAGAUAUAGAAGGGAUGCGGCUUGUGUGUAGGCUUGCCAGAGAAGUUUUGGACAUUGCUGCGGGUAUGAUCAAAGCGGGAGUAACUACUGAAGAAAUCGACCACGCUGUACACUUAGCAUGCAUUGCAAGAAAUUGCUAUCCUUCUCCCCUGAAUUACUAUAACUUCCCAAAGUCUUGUUGUACCUCAGUGAAUGAAGUCAUCUGCCAUGGGAUUCCAGACAGGCGGCCUUUGCAAGAAGGUGAUAUUGUUAAUGUGGACAUCACUCUUUAUCGAAAUGGCUAUCAUGGGGAUCUAAAUGAGACCUUUUUUGUUGGAGAUGUGGAUGAAGGAGCACGGAAACUUGUUCAGACUACGUAUGAGUGCCUGAUGCAAGCCAUCGAUGCAGUGAAGCCUGGUGUUCGAUACAGAGAACUGGGAAACAUCAUUCAGAAACACGCCCAAGCAAAUGGAUUCUCAGUUGUUCGAAGCUAUUGUGGACAUGGGAUCCACAAACUUUUCCAUACAGCUCCCAAUGUACCACACUAUGCCAAAAAUAAAGCAGUUGGCGUAAUGAAGUCGGGUCAUGUGUUUACAAUUGAGCCAAUGAUUUGUGAAGGUGGAUGGCAGGAUGAGACCUGGCCAGAUGGCUGGACCGCAGUCACGAGGGAUGGGAAGCGAUCUGCUCAGUUUGAGCACACCCUGCUGGUCACGGACACUGGCUGUGAAAUUCUCACCCGGAGACUCGAUAGCUCUCGGCCUCAUUUCAUGUCCCAGUUUUAAUUUCUCUCAAGAUGCCUAACAUACGAACACCAUCUCGUACUGUGCAUUUUAUUGAAAGUAUGGAAAUGAAGUUUUUUUUUUAAAUCACUCAUUUUGUUUUGACUGUGGAUAAGAAUGGACUACAGCAUUUGGUGUGUGUCCUCAAGAGCUUUUUGGGUCUGAAAGCUGAGAAGAAUAAAGGAAACAUUGCUUAAUUCCUUCCGUCCCUGGCCUCCCCCCCUCGGUUUUCUGUACUGUGUUUUCUUCUUUGCCCCUUGAGCACUUUGACCUAAAUCUGCUUUUCAUUGCUUUAUCACUGCCACAGACCAGCCACCAAGGGCCAGCUGCUUUCCAAGAGGAAGGUGAAGAUGAGAAAUCUUGAAACUUUAGCAACAUGUUGCUCCAGAUUUUUAUUAUAUAUUGAUAUAAAUGGAAAUAUAUAUGCAUACAUUUUAAAUUCCAUAUGUGAUUACUGAACACUAUAUGACCUUUGGUCUGGGUUGAUUCUGCUUUGACAGGAUAUCUGCUCUCAUAAACGGAUCCCUAACUCAUUAGUGAGUAAUUCCUAGUUGGAACCUGGUCUCCUCUCGCCCCCAUGCUGUUUAUUUAUCUUGUAUAUCUGCAGGGAAGCCCUCAGUGUGGACUGUGUCAGUGAAUGAGUGGUAAGAUUCACUUGAGAAGUUAUCAGACUUCAAGGUCUGGUGUAUGGUAACAAUAGCUGUACUGCAGGCAGUGGCCGGCAGCUGUGGGGUAGUUUACAGUGCACUGCUUCUUCAGACCUCUGUUUGGGCAGAUGUGAGGGAAGAUGCUCCCUGUCUUCAGGACCUUCCGAUGUAAGGGUACACCUCCGGAGCACUCAGAGAAGAGGCAGUUGUCCUGUGGCAGGUGACGGGGUAGAGUUCCAAAAUGUCCCCAGGUGUGGACAUUGUCAUGGGUGGCUGUGAGUUUACCAUUAGUGAACUUGGCCGAAUGAGAAAGGAACUUGUUGCAGUACUGUAAACACUCAGUAUGCAUGUCUUGUUGAGAGUCUCAUCAGAAAUGACCGCGGUGCCGGAAUCUGUGCUCCUCAAUGGUGGUUCAGACACGAGUGGACGCAGUGGAGACACACCCGAUGAUACAGUUGUCAUGAGAGUGUCCUUGAUCGCUGGGUGUCUCAUGACUUUAGUAUAAUUUGAUACCACUGACACAUACUUCAAGACAUCUUUCCCAGAGUGCCUCAGACCUUAUUGCUUUAAGAGAAUGAUGAUAAUGUUUUCAUGACUUUAUUUUAAUGAUUUAGUAAAGUGAUUGAAUCUGGUAUAGACUUCUGGGUGUGUGUGCGUUUAAAGUUUUUAUCAAACUGUAAUAUUUGUGAAUGGAAUGCCUUGUAAUAUGAAUGUUAAUAUAAUAUGUAAAGGGAGAUUAAACGUUUGAAUGAUUAUCCCA